UUAGAAUAGGUGUAAUUAAAUGCUCAUGUUGUUCCUCAUUGACUGGUUUAAAGUCGUUUCGGAUUACAAGCAGCUCUCCUCUUUCACAGCGGGGCUGCAGCGCAUUUCAUCUGCCUGUCACUGAAGCUGCAGCGCUGCGGCCGCUAGAGGUGCGUGCAGCACUCACGGAUCAGGGUGGGAUGGACUUUUGGAAACUUUUGGCUUCCACAAAUUCCCUUGGAAUAUACUUUAGUGCUGACGUUAAGCAUUGCAAUACAAACACACUUACAAAUUGCUUAUACUUAUAUAUAUAUAGUCAUCUGUGCUCCGGGGGAACAGAUUGUAUGCAUAUACAGGACGUUUUCUGUGCUUAAGCUUCGAGGGACCUGCUGUACCUGCUGGAUGAGCGCAUCGAGAGGCGCAAGGUGUAAGAGCACCGCCUGAAGAAUCAGUAAGCGCUUUUUUUUUUUGAGGAGUUCACUUUUUUAAACGUCUCAACGGCGCGUUUCAGUGUGUUUAACGCGUGUGUGUGAAUGAUAUCAUUUGGGGAUUUCUGAACACGAAGGAUUCAGCUCACCAGCGCUUCCAAUGACACACGGUGUCGUGCGCGGGCACACUGGUGUGAUACAGUAGCACUGAGAAGGAAUCCGAAUAGGAUCCGACGGGAAUUAAUAAACGGACCCCCGAGAGAAUAAAGGACUUUUGGAAAAUUAAGUGAUAAAAUGCAACUCUACAAUGAUGUAAAAUACGUACUGAGGUAAAGGAUAACGACAAGAAAGAAGCUAACUUACGAAUUGGGAGACGUCUGCUACAGUGAUUCCACUGACAUGAAAACCUAAAGAAAUCUACUUGCGCGUAGACAACGGGUAGUUUUAACGUGCUCAAACAAUGAAACCGUUAACACUUUUCUGCCGAGCCUCACUUGGGCUGUUGUGGAUGUGCUGGGGUGUUCUUGAUUCCGUACACUGCGGCUUGGGCGACAACCAUGCCCACUCGAGUUUUAUUUACAGGAGGUUGCGUAACCACGAGCGGAGAGAAAUCCAGAGAGAAAUCCUUUCGAUUCUGGGCUUGCCGCACCGUCCCAGGCCGUUCUCCCCGGGCAAGCAAGCUUCCUCCGCGCCUCUGUUCAUGCUGGACCUGUACAAUGCCAUGUCCACGGAGGAAGAGGACGCGGUGCUGGGAAGUACCAGCAAGGGGACCCCCGGCAAGUCGCAGAGCAGUUCCCGCAAGGGGUACUACGGCUCACCACACGAGUACUCCCGUGCGGCGCAGUCGUACCGCGCAGGCCCCCUGACUAGUCAAAGCCCUCCUCUGGCGACCGCACACGACACCAACUUUCUGAAUGAUGCCGAUAUGGUUAUGAGCUUUGUCAACUUAGUGGAAAGAGAUAAAGAUUUCUCCCACCAGAGGAGACAUUACAAGGAAUUUCGAUUCGAUCUGACUCAAAUCCCUGACGGCGAGGCGGUAACGGCGGCGGAGUUCCGGAUUUAUAAGGAUCGCAGCCACACUCGGUAUGAGAACAGCACGCUGAAGGUCAGCGUUUACCAAGUCAUCAAGGAAUACCAAAACAGGGAUGCAGACACAUUUUUGCUAGAUUCAAAAAAGAUCAAAGCUUCUGAUGGGGGCUGGCUGGUUUUUGAUAUUACUGCUACAAGCAACCAUUGGGUUCUUAACCCUCGACAGAAUAUGGGCCUCCAACUUUGUGUUGAAACAAUAGACGGGCGAAGCAUCAACAUAAAAUCUGCAGGUAUUGUUGGCAGAAAUGGCCCCCAGUCCAAACAGCCAUUUAUGGUUGCAUUUUUCAAAGCCAGUGAAGUCUUGCUUCGUUCUGUGAGAGCUGCGAAUGGGAAAAGAAAAAACAACAGAAACAAAUCGGGCAGCCAUCACGAUUCCUCAAGGGCACCUAAAGUUGUUGAUCAAAACACCAGUGAGCAAAAGCAAGCCUGCAAGAAGCAUGAACUUUAUGUGAGCUUCCGGGAUCUGGGGUGGCAGGACUGGAUUAUUGCACCUGAAGGUUAUGCUGCCUUUUACUGUGAUGGAGAAUGCUCCUUUCCACUCAAUGCACACAUGAAUGCAACUAACCAUGCUAUUGUACAGACCUUGGUUCACCUGAUGUUCCCUGAUAAUGUACCAAAGCCAUGCUGUGCACCGACCAAACUAAACGCUAUCUCUGUGCUGUACUUCGAUGACAGCUCCAAUGUCAUCUUGAAAAAAUACAGAAAUAUGGUGGUCCGGUCAUGUGGAUGCCAUUAGGGAGAAGUCCUUGGCAUGCCUGCCUUAAGAUGUGUGGUAUUGCUGAAAGACAUAUCAGUGGUAUAGAUAGUUAAUCUAUGGUGUGAUGUACAGUAUUAUGUAUAUAUUAGUUCCAUGUACUUAUUUAUUUUCUCCUUUUUGUCAUAGUAAUCAUUUUUCAUAAGCUUAAAGGGGAUUUUUAAAACAGAACAUCUUUAAAAAAGUAAUAUAAAAUUUAUGUGAUUAUAUGUAACCCUUAUGACUUGUUGCUGUUGUUUACAGUAGUUUCAUCCAACUCAACAAGUGGUGCUUUCCAAACAGAUAGUACUUUUUUACUUUAAGCAAUUUUUGAAAGUCUCCACAAGUAUCUCGUAGAAUAUAUUAAGGCAGGGCUGAGAACUGAGGAGCUGAAAUGUAUUGUGUGUUCAGUGUUAAGGCUACAAAGUGUGAAAGAUGUAUAUGCACCUCAAUUUCAGAAGAGAAAUGUAAUGAUUAUGAGCACGCAAUGCUUUUUAAACUUUGGAAGUCUGGCCUACAGAAAGUGCAUGUUCUUUCAGUCUUCUUUUUUCUCACACUGGAGGGCAAUAUUCACCUUAAAUCAUCUACUCCUGCGAAUCUCUUACUGUGUUUUAGGAAUUAUGAAAGAACAUGUAACAGGAGAUAUCUUAGCAGCCGUUAAAGCGUAAUACCAUACAGUAGCAUAAAAAAGCAAAAGACAAGUCUGUAAUAGCACCAUUUCUUCUUUCUUAAAUGUGAAUACUUUUUAGGCAUGGAUUAAAUCACAGCUCUGACUCAGACACACGUCCUGGUGCCCAGACCCAGCAGAGUACUUAAUGUAGUUUUCCACUGGGUAUGUGACAGAUGCUGGUUUCAAUUAUCGCAUGCAGAACAUUUGUACAGUGAGUACUUAAAAAAAAAAAUCUGAGCAGUGAUUGUGGCAGUUAUUGACAAAUUACUUUUUUCACCUCCUUGGAACCAAAUGAGUUUUCAACAUUGUGCAUUGUUAAUACUAUGUACUUUCACCAUCGAAGCCAUAUGACAUAGUGUAGGGUGAGAAUUUCUACAGAGACAUCACUCUGCAGUUCUCCCAAGAGCAUUUAAAUGCUACAUGACAAGAAACCAGCCUUUUGGUGUAGUAGAUUUGUUUGAGUUGUGAAGAUAAGUAAGAAUUCGGGGUCUGACUCCAUAAGCAACUCAGUACUGAAAAAAAAACUUUUGAAGUCAAUUAGGGAGGACAAGUCUAUAAGUACUGCACCACACAUUUCAAAACCUUAGUUGAAUACUGGACCAAAGUGUUCAGCAUUGAAUCCACCAUUUAGAUUUUUAAAAUGCAUUGGUCAUAUUAAUUUAAGCUUCUCUUCCUGUGCAAACUUGGCAAAACAUUAGCUUCACAUAAAAAAUAUGAAAUCAAAGCUACUAACGUCUACAUCUCAUUUGGUCCACUGUACAUCUAAGGUGUUUUUUUAAAGCUCUGUUCCAUUAGCAGUUUGAUUCUAAUAAUGUUUACAUUUUAGUAUGUACUUUAAAUGUUCUAUACCAUAAAGCUCUCAUACUGGUAAUGCCUGGUGGUUAUUUAAGUAAUAUCUGAAGCUUAAUAGUUUUCAAGAAUAAAUACGCUUUGCUAAAAUAAAGUCUGAAACUGAAAAAGACUUAAUGGAUCAAACAUUUUACAUGUAUAUUUGAGAACUAUUUUCUUGUGUGUUUUGUGAAGAAAUACAUAGUACUUUAAUACAGCAGGGCAGCAAUGUUUUCUCCAUUACAGCUGUACACUUAAGUGCGUAACUGGAUCAAUUUAUAUUUUACUUAUGAAAGAUAUUUAACCACUUCAAAUUCAUUUGACCAUUUAUGUGGUUAAAAGUAUACAAAUGCAAACUUAACACUGUGUUCUUCCCUCAUAUGUUCCAGAAAUAGAGACACUUGUGUUUUCAUUCUUUUAGAGUUGAAUAUCAGACUUCUCAUAUCAGUAGAGUUGAAAGCUGAUAAGUAGGCCUUUAGUUUUAAGGACAGGGUCUCAGACAUGAGAGGAGAGAGAUGUUUUUAAUUUUUAAACCUUUGUGUAGUCUCUGUAGGAUAACAUUUCACCUUAUCAUUAAGUUUCUUCUGUUAACAUGAGUAAAACAUUUUAAAAUAAAGAUGUACUGUAUGAAGUCCUGUUUAUAUGUCAUUAAAUGUCUUU